AUGGUUGUUACUACUACAAUUGCAUACGUUUGUGUUGAAGUUGUUUUAGAAGAAAAUGAAAAAAUAGAAAAAACGAUUCAUCAACACACUGUUGUUAUUAAAUCAUCAAAUGAACCAUUUAUUAUAAAAGAUGGAGAUGAAUUUCCGUUUCAUAUUUCUGUUCCUAUUGACUUACCUCCAACAAUCAAAAAUGAUUGUGUAUCAAUAGAACAUCGGUUCAUUGCAACAGUUGUUAAAGCAAAGACAACUUCAUUUUUUGGUCAAAAAAAAUUAGAGGAACAUAUUAUUGUUGAUAUGCUUUAUCCUCAUCUUAGUGGAUUAUCAUAUUUUACUAAACGUCAUGAAUUUUCUGUUGAAGGGUAUUCUCUUUCUGUUAAUCUUGAAAGAGACAUAUAUUCUCUUGGACAAAAUCUUCGUGUUAAUUAUUUAUUAGAAGGGUCAGCAGAAAAAGACGUUCAAUUACCUUUACUUAUGUCUUUAGUAAGAACAUUUACAAAUAGAAGUACUGGAGAAAUGGCUGUUAUUACGUUUGUUAAUUUAUUAUUUAUUUCUUCAACGUUAUCAUAUUAUUUAAUUAAGCAAAGAAUCUCAUAA